AUGAAAAGCAUUUGUAUAGAAAUUUUUAUAUUUAUUGCGCUAUCUUUUACUCUUUUCUCAGUUCAAGGUCAGAUUCCACAAUGCUUUCCAAAUGGACUCACAUUGAAUAUUACUGAAGACCAACCAGUUUCCAGCACAGUUUAUAAAUUAAAUUGUACUGAUCCCGAUGGCGACUUACUUUCAUACUUUCUGGAGGCCAGAGGAAACACAUUUAAUAAAUUUAGAAUUAAUGAUCAAGGCGAGCUGAAACUCAAUAAAUUUCUUAAUGCUGAUUUUGUAUUUAAAUACAAUCUACACAUUGUAGUCAGUGAUGACAGUUUCAGUCAAUUCAGUACAUCAGUGUUAAUUGGUAUAUUAGUCAUUAAUAUAAAUGACAAUGAUCCUGUAUUCAAAGACUUACCAAAUAAACUGAAUAUUCGUGAAAACACCACAAUUGGAACCAAACUAUUUUCAUGCUCAGUUAAUGAUAAAGAUUCUAAACAGGGGGCAUUGGCUGGCAAAACUCGUGUUGGUCUUGUCAAACCAUUUUCCCAAGGAGCUAGACGAUGGGUAGUAGAUCAAGAAACUUGUGAUUUCUACCUCAAUACGCUGUUGGAUUAUGAGAAUAAAAAGGGUUACGUAGUUGGUCUGGUAGCAUAUGAUUUAGAUCCAGACAAACCAAGAACCGUCACGGCCAGUGUUUCUAUAUACGUUCUAGAUAUCAAUGAUAACUAUCCCAUAUGUAAUGAACAUUAUAAAAUAAUAAAUAUACCUGAAGAUCAACCAGUGGGAUCCAUUGUUACUAUGAUCAAUUGUACAGAUAAGGAUGCAUUAGAGAAUGGAAAGGUGUAUUACAAGAUUGGAGAUAACAACACACAAGUUAUCCAAGAUAGUUUUACCAUUACACCGAAUGGAGAAAUAAAACUGAUAAAAGCUGUAGAUUAUGAACUGUCACCAUUCUAUGAUAUAGAUAUUUAUGCCUAUGAUGGAGGAGAACCGUCACUAACCACGACUGUUAUAGUAGGUGUUGUUUUAUCAGAUGUUGAUGAUAAUAUACCUACGUGGCAGGAGAAACCAAUUUCUCAAACUGUUAUAGAGACAACACCACUGGGUACGGUGGUAUUUGUGUUGACUGCUUCAGACGCCGAUGAAAUAGGUACUGCUGCUUCUAUUGUAAAAUAUGGUAUAAAAGCAAGACCUGAUCCGGACUGGUUCGAAAUAGAUCCCGACACAGGCGGGGUGUAUGUGACUGGUAUUAUGAAUUGGUUGACAGCAUCAUCAGUACAGAUGGAAGUAUUUGCGUAUUCAUCAGAUAAAAAAGAUGAUUAUAAUACAGUAACAGUCAAUAUAUCUUUAACUGAUGAAAAUAACAUAGCACCUGUAUUUGAUAAGGUCUUCUACCAAGGUAACAUUUCGGAAGCUGAUCCAGUGGAUACGGUCCUGUUUACUGUAAAGGCUACAGAUGCCGAGUUUGGUUCUAAUGGACAAGUUAAUUAUAAAAUGGAUUCAACGUAUUUCAAAGUAGACUCCAUAACUGGGGUGGUGUCUUUGAAAGCGCCAGUAGAUUUUGAGCAACGUACGGUAUUUUCGUUAAAUAUUGAAGCUCAUGAUAAUGGUGUUCCACAACAACGGGGCUAUACGUUCCUUUUGAUUAAUGUAAUACCAGUUAAUGAAUUUACACCACAGUUAACAGCGCCAACCACUCCUAUUGUAAUAAAAGAAGAUACAGAACCAGGAACACCUCUCUAUUAUUUCAAUGUAACCGAUGGUGAUGACGGAUUUGAUGGUUCUAUUACAUUUUCACUUCAAGAUCCACUUCUACCGUUCACGAUUGAGCCGAAGACAGGCAUUUUACGAGUCGGUAGCCCUCUUGACAGAGAAGACCGUCCUACUUACGAGCUCAUUGUCAUCGCAUCAGACGAUUCAGAAUCAAAUCCAAAGAGUUCCACGGCAAAUGUUAAUAUAAACCUUGAGGAUGUAAAUGAUAACAAUCCGAUAUGCGAACCCCUUUCAAACACUGUGGUGAAAAUUCCUCACCAGAUUGGCAGUGUUCUAGACACUAUUAGAUGUACAGAUAAUGAUAUAGGGUCAAACGGUGAAUUCACAUACAUAAAGACCGGUGGUGAUGAAUCAGAUUCCUUCGAGAUCGAUGCUUCAACAGGCGAGAUAAAACUAGUCAAAGAUCCCACGAAACAGUCUUACACACUCCGAAUUAUGGUUGAAGAUAGAGGAGAUCCUAAACUGAAAGUGGCCAUUGCGUAUAACAUUAUUGCUGAAUUAAGAUUUAAUUUUACCAACCUUCCUAACAUUACUUAUAUACCGGAAAAUACAGAACUAGCACAGUUGAUUUAUGAUGUGAAUGCCUGUUGUGCUUUUAGUUUAUCUCAAUAUGAGCUGGUGGAUGGAAAUCAAGACAACCACGUGGUAAUUGAUCCAGCCUCCGGAAAGAUCAUAUUAAUGCAGAGUUAUGAUCGAGAAAGAAAGGCAGAGUACAAUUAUAGAAUUAAAUCUACAUCUUUAGAUACAAACUCAACUACUGAAAAUUAUCUCCAAGUCAUUAUUGAAGAUUCCAAUGAUAAUGUACCUAAAUUUGAGACUGGUUUUAGAUAUAUAUCUAUAUUUGAGAAUGUUGCUCCAGGACAAAAUGUAAUUGAUGUCGUUGCUACAGAUAAAGAUGCUGGAAAAAACCAGGAACUAAUCUACGACAUCUCUCUGGGAAAUGUUGGCGGUGCUUUUGGUAUUAAUCAAGCAGGGGGUAUUUCAUUGGACAAAGCUUUAGACGCUGAGACUUUUAAUCAAUAUUCAUUGAUCAUAACUGCUACUGAUAAAGGUGAUGUUCCAUUAGUUGGCAGCAGCACCAUAGUUGUUGAUGUCAAAAACGUAAAUGAAUUCAAUCCCGAAUUUGUCAAUGUUCAGGAUGGGGUUAUCAAGACAAAUAUUUCCGAAGGAGAAGCUUUAGGUGCUAAAUUGUUCUCUUUAAAAGUCGAAGACAAAGACAUUAACACUCAGUUCAAAUAUUCGAUAAAAUCUGGAAAUUCGGAGCAAGCUUUUGUGUUGGAUGGAUCUACAGGAGAUAUAUUCUUAGCUAAAAUAUUAGACAGAGAAACAAAAGAUCAAUACAAUCUUACAGUUGGGGUUGAUACACAAAUUAAUGAAACCGCGUCAGCUGUAGUCGAAGUAAAUAUUCUGGAUAUCAAUGACAAUGAUCCUAAGUUUUUUCAAGAUGUGUACCAAUUACAGGUAACUCAUGAAGAUCCUGCUGAAACAGUGCUCACGACAUUUAUCAUUACCGAUAACGAUAUUGGUGAUAAUCAAAAUAUUACUAGUUUGGUCAUCACCGAUGGAGAUCCAAAUCAAUAUUUUAAGAUUGUGGGCAAACAACUCCGAACUAGUACACAAGUUAAUUAUUACAAUCAGAAAUUAUAUUCUCUAACCCUUAAAGCAACUGAUGGCGGUAUGUCACCACGAUCAGGGUUCACUCGUGUUGUUAUAAAUGUUUUACCGAAAUUCAAAGCACCUAAGUUCCUGGAAGAUUUCUAUCAAAAUCUGAUACGGGAAGAUAUACCAUCAGGAGAAACUGUUUUUGAUUUGGAUGCUACUGCCGAAGGAGGAAAAGAGGGUCCCUCUGGAACAAUACAGUAUAGUAUAAGAAAUGGCAAUGACGCUAAUGACUUUUACAUCUCGGACAACGAUGGUAUCGUAAGGAUAGCGUCAAAUUUGGACUUUGAAGGUAUAGAAUCGUACACUUUUAUCAUAGAUGCUCGAAGUAGGGAAGAUCCAUCACUUUCGUCAACAACCACACUUAAUAUAAACAUACAGAAUGUUAAUGACAAUACUCCGAUAUUUAAUCAAAGUGUAUAUACCUUGAAUAUGGAUGAAGAUGCUGGAAUAGGUGACACUGUAGGAACAGUGUUAGCUACAGAUUUAGAUAAACCACCUUUUAAUAAACGUUUCUAUAGUCUGGGUAGCAGUAGUGGAUCAAAUGAUUUCAGUAUAGAGACUGCUACUGGUAUAAUUAAAGUUGAUAAAAGUUUAGAUUAUAGAAGACAGAAUGUUUAUAAUAUACCAGUUACAGUAGAUAAUGGUGAUGGAGUGAGACAAGGGGAAGCUUUAGUUGUUAUUAAAAUUAAUGAUGUUAAUGAUAAUGCACCGACAUUUACACCAGAUAACAUAACGAUAAUUGUCAUCGAGUCUAUGGGAACUGGACAAACAUUCUAUACAGUGAAAGCAACGGAUAUUGAUACUGGAAUCAAUGGGGAUAUUAGAUACACCCUUGUAUCUGGUAAUACAGAUAACAGAUUAUCUCUUAAUUCAGACAGUGGUGCUUUGUCAGUUGCUUCGGAUCUCGAUCGAGAAACUUUGGAUGUUUUUAGUCUGGUUAUAAGGGCUGAAGAUAAGGCGACGACUGGUAUUAAAAGUGGAAUUUUAUAUGCUACUAUCGUGGUAUCUGAUGUAAACGACCAGGACCCUGCAUUCCAAAGUACAACUGAAGAUGCAAUAAUCAGUAGAUCAGAUCCACCAGGUACCUUGAUUAUUACAGUGCUAGCUACGGACAACGAUAUUGGGGAGAAUGCUGCCAUUGAGUAUACAAUAAGUAGUGGUAACAGUGAUGGUAUCUUUCUCAUUGGUACUGUUUCCGGGGAAAUCAAAACCUCUUCGAGUGUUGGAACAUCUGAUAACGAAUAUACCCUCGUAAUAACGGCUUCAGAUCAAGGAUUUCCGACAAGAUCUGCUACUAUGACGGUUAAAGUGCAAAUUCUCCCUUUUAAAGUUUUUGGACCAAGCGAUCAAUCUAUGGAAAUCCUUGAAGGAGAGCUGGCUGGCGCUGAACUUUCUGCAGUUACACCGAAGUCUGGACAUGAUCCAACAGCUAUUAUCAAAUAUAGCAUAAGUAAUGGCAACAUCAAAAAUAGUUUUGGCAUUGAUGAAAACAGUGGAAUGAUUCGAACAUUACGAGUGCUUGAUCGUGAAGAAUAUCCUGCAUUUCUCCUCACUGUUGACAUCAGUGAUAAUAAUGGAGUAAACUACACUAAAUCUUUGAACAUCACGGUGUUGGACGUCAAUGAUAAUGACCCUGUUUUUUCGAUAAGUUCUGUUUCUGUCAAUGUUGUAGAGAAUACACCACAGGGUCAGAUAAUAACUGGUUUUACCGUAUCGGAUGCAGAUAGUGGUGUUGGGGGAAAAACAGACAUAAGUAUUUCGGACACUCCAGUAUUGGCGAAAACGUAUUUUGAAAUAGAUGGGCGUUUCUUGAAGGUGAAAAAGCCCAUAGACUAUGAAACUAUUAAAACAAUGUCAUUCAAAGUCUUUGCUGUUGAUCAAGGUACGACAAAGCGUACUGGAAGCGUAGAUGUCACUGUGAACGUAAUUGAUGUUUUUGACAAUGAAGUUAUUGUGAAUGGGCCAGGAGAAUCGCCUUCAGUGUACAUUUCAACAGAAACAUCUUCAAGAGCAGCAAAUGGAGAGUCGGUUAUCAGACUAACCGGGAAAGAUUUUGGAUUUGAUACAGCUUCAGUCAAGUUUACUACAUUGAAUAGAGAAGGAAUUUUCGCUGUUGAUAUAAAUGGACAGGUUACAGUCGCGAAGUCGAAUCUGUUAGAACCAGAAUUAAAAUAUUUCGUGUGGAUAGUUGUUACUCAAGAAACAUCAGUCAAUAAAAGUAGUGUACUUGGAUUGUUAAGAAUUGAUACGUUUAACCCAAAUCAGCAUCUUGUUUCAUUGGAAUCAGAUAUGGAUGCUGAGUAUUUGCAACAAUAUAGAGACGAAAUGACACAGAGCUUAGAAACCUAUUUCCAACAAGAAGAUGUUCCUAAAAUGUGGAAAAUAAUACCAUAUGGAUCCACAACAUCACAAUCUCGUCGUAAAUUGUUAGCAACAAGCUCUGAAGGAUUAGUUUAUGUUAUGAAAGGACCAGUAUCUAAUGACAUUGCCGAUGUUGAUGAAAAGAGAACUUUUAUGCCCAUGAACACCAUGUUAGAGACAUUAAGAAUGGUUGCCGAACAGGAUACACCCCAUCCAUCACUACCCACUUCUAAUUAUCUAGUUACGGCAGUAAAUGGAUAUUAUAUACCUGAUCCACCAGUAGCAGAAGAAGACAAGGAUCCCGCAUUUGCAAGUUCAUUAGAUGGUUACAUAACUUUUGCCAUGUUGGCUCUGUUAUUAUUACUUAUUUUACUCAUCAUUUUUAUCUUCUGUUGUUAUAAAAAGAAGAAGCGCGAACAAAGAAGACACAAUGAAUCUGCAGAAAGUUUAGUUACGGAACCGGUUGGAUCCCAAAGAAGUCAUGACUUCAGAAAAAGGAGCAAUCUGGCUCCAACACUGGCUUCAUUUGGUAAUCAAUCAACGAACAAGAAUACAAGAGCAUCACAAGCUCUAGGAGUUCAAGGUGUAGCUGUUCCAUCAAGAGACAGAAAUGACAGACAUAUUGGUGCUUUGAGUGAUAUCAACCCAAUAUUAACUCCAGUAGAAAUUCAAGCAGGUAAACCCUCGGCAGCAUUUCCACAAGAUGAUUCGCCACUACGUGGUGGAAAAUUAACUCCUCUUACCAAAUUUGAAGAGAAGAAGGCUGAUAUAAUAGAUCCAAAUAAAACUGGACCUACAAGUCACCCUGAAGGUAUCGUUAGGACUAAUGCUCCUGUAGUACAUAGAGGAAAAGAAUAUGAUGGUGUUGGUUUUGAUACGGGUGGAGAAGCCAAACAAUUGUCAGUACCAUCAUCUUCAAAUGAUACUGUUGCCAUUUCGGCUGUUCCUGGUAGUAAAACUUUUCCAGUGAAAGAAAACAGGCAGACGGCCGAAAGUUGUCAAGCUUUUCAAGAAUCCAUAUACUCUCAGGGUACCUUUAUAUCUUGUCAAUCUCCAGAAUCCUCAAUCUGCUCAAAAGAGGAGACCAACAAUCAGUCAAAUCUACCUGAAACGAGUGGCUCUGCUAUCUUCAAUGAUUCAACCAUCCCAGAACCAAGCGAUUCGAAGGGUGAUAAUUUAUCUCGGUCUUCCCAAAGCAAUAAUUUAGACGAAAUUUCCACCUCGUCUGAACCAAUUGAAGCAUCUAUCCCAGUAUUAAAUGACCCAGAAAAUAACUUGCUCAACAAUAACCACAGCAUACCCAAGAAGAAAUCUAAUAAGAUUUUCCCAAAAAGGAAGGUAUUGCCACAUAAGUUACAACCAAUUACUGGACAAAAAUCUGACGUUCGUUCAUCGUCUAAAGUUACCCAUAACUUCAACAAGAAAACCAACGAGUCUUCGGUUGACAGGUUUAAAAUUAACUAUCCCAAAAAAGGAACAGAAAAUAACAUGAAAGGCGCACAAUCUGCAGUAACAGGAGUUGAGGUUGAUAACAAAGUGCCCAGACAAGCAUCCGAAAGAGUAUUUAAGCCAAUUCCUAACUAUGCUAUUCCUAACUAUAACAGAGAUAUUAAGCGAUACCCGGCCUGGAGAGACCCAAUUUCCGUUGACCCAUUUUAUUCGAAUUGGGUUUCUAGUGUCACUCGUAAACCCAAAGAUACUAGCAACUUCGAAAAACUUAUGGAUUUCUCUUUUGUCGACGAAGAAAGGAUGGCCAACAAUAUCACCGACACUAAACUUGGAAAGUAUGAAAAUGACAUAAUCUCUGAAGAUGAAUCUGAUCAUUUAUCAGAUGCAAUCACGGAUACCACUUCCAUUGAGAACGAAAAUAUCAGUAUAAUCAAUCUUCCAUUGGUACUACACAAGAAAAAUCCGAUAACAAUAUCAGAGUACACAGCCCACAUAUCAUCCCAAUAUCCACCCCAUCUUCGACGUCAUCCAGCUUUUGUGAAUUCACAAAAUCCUGAAUCACCCAAACUACCAUCCUUAGCUGAUAUGGAUGAUAAAAAACAACAGCGGUAUGCAUAUAAUACUAGAAGUGGUAGUACAUUAUGGGAAGAUAAAGAUCAUAAUUUUGGACAAGGAAGGUUGGGGAAGACUAAAAAGAAGCCGACGCCAAACUUAACUGUAGUUAGUGAAGCAAAGCAAGACUAUACGCCGAACCUAAAUAUGCAACGCUCUAUCAGCGUGCGUUCUCCAGAUAUAUAA